AUGGCCGCUCCUACCAGCGAAGCGGUUCCUGUGAAGGAAACCCCCACAGCAGAAAUCAAAGAAACAACACCCGACUCGGCUACCGAAACGACCACCAAGGAAGAGCCGCCCAAGACCCCCAAGAACAAGGAAGAUAUCGAGGAAGUAGAGUCAUCAUCGCCAGCAGAGACUCUUGGAAAAGGCGCGGAUGAUGAAGAGGAGGACGAGAUUGUCGAAAUGCGACGCCGCAGCUCCGUUGUCCAGGCGUUAGCAAAGUCGUACUCGCGUGUUUCUGGCCCCGCUGGAGGCAACCCUUUCCUUGCUGGAAAGGACUCGCCCUUGAACCCCAACUCCGAGAACUUUGACGGAAAGGAAUGGGCCAAGGCGAUUGUCGAGCUGGUCCAGCAGGAUGGCGCUGCGUUCCGAUCGACGGGUGUCUGUUUCCAGCAUCUUAACGUUCAUGGAUACGGCGAGUCUUCCGAUUACCAGAAGGACGUGGCCAAUGUGUGGUUGUCCCUUGCCGGUAUGGCCCGUGGUGCCGUUGGAAGCUCCAGCCGCCAGCGAAUCAACAUCCUCCAGAAUUUCGACGGGCUCGUUCGCAAUGGUGAGAUGUUGGUUGUUCUGGGACCUCCUGGUUCUGGAUGCUCCACCUUCCUGAAGACCAUUGCCGGUGAAUUGAACGGUAUCUACGUCGACGACGGAGCUUACUUCAAUUAUCAGGGAAUGACUGCUAAGGAAAUGCACUCCCACCACCGUGGUGAAGCCAUCUACACAGCUGAGGUCGAUGUCCACUUCCCUCAGCUUUCCGUUGGUGAUACUCUGACCUUCGCUGCCAGAGCGCGCCAACCCCGUAAGCUUCCCCAGGGUCUGAACCGCAACGAGUUUGCCGACCAUCUCCGUGAUGUCGUCAUGGCUAUGUUUGGUAUCACUCACACAAUGAACACCAAUGUCGGAAAUGAGUUUAUUCGUGGUGUUUCUGGUGGUGAGCGUAAGCGUGUCACCAUUUCCGAGGCUGCACUAUCAGGUGCACCUCUCCAAUGCUGGGAUAACUCGACUCGAGGUCUUGACUCUGCCAACGCCAUUGAGUUCUGUAAGACUCUUCGACUCCAGUCCGAACUUUUCCGUAGCACUGCCUGUGUUUCGAUUUACCAAGCGCCCCAGUCUGCUUACGACUGCUUCGACAAGGCUACUGUUCUCUAUGAGGGUCGUCAAAUCUUCUUCGGCCGCGCUGAUGAGGCUAAGCAGUAUUUCGUCGACCUUGGUUUCGAGUGUCCUCCUCGCCAGACAGUACCCGAUUUCCUCACCUCGAUGACAUCCCCUCAGGAGCGCAUUGUCCGUAAGGGCUUUGAGGGCAAGGCUCCUCGCACCCCUGACGAGUUUGCUGAGGCAUGGAAGAACAGCGCCAACUACAAGGCCCUCCAGGCCGAGAUUGAGGAAUACAAGACCGCUCAUCCCAUCAACGGUCCUGAUGCCGAGGUUUUCCGUGCCCACAAGCAUGCUCAGCAACACAAGGGCCAACGUGCCAAGUCCCCUUACACUCUGUCUUUCAACCAACAGGUUCAACUUUGCCUGUGGCGAGGCUGGAAGCGUCUUAUGGGUGACCCUAGUCUCAGUAUUGGUGCUCUCAUCGGAAACUCUGCUGUCGCUCUCAUCAUUGGUAGUGUGUUCUUCAAUCUGAAGGACGACUCGAACAGUUUUUUCCAACGUGGUGCUCUUAUUUUCUUCGCUUGUCUUAGUAACGCCUUUGCAAGUGCGCUCGAGAUUUUGAUCCUUUAUGCUCAGAGACCCAUUGUCGAGAAGCACUCCCGAUAUGCCCUCUACCACCCUUCUGCUGAAAGUGUCGCCUCCAUGCUGUGCGAUAUCCCUUACAAGGUAUCGAACACGCUGGUAUUCAACAUCAUUCUCUAUUUCAUGACGAACCUGAGACGUGAUGCUGGUCACUUCUUCUUCUUCCUUCUGAUCUCCUUCUUCACGGUCAUGUCCAUGUCUAUGAUUUUCCGAACCAUCGCCUCAUCGUCUCGAACUCUGUUCCAAGCACUUGUCCCAGCUGCUAUCUUGAUUUUGGACUUGGUCAUUUUCACUGGAUUCGUCAUUCCGAAGCGGUACAUGCUUAGGUGGUGCUUUUGGCUCACGUACAUUGACCCACUUGCGUAUGCGUUCGAAGCUCUCAUGGUGAACGAAUUUCACGGCCGUCGAUUCGAUUGCAAGACAUUCACGCCAAGCGGCUCAAACUACAUGAAUGCUACCGGUGCCGCCCGUGUCUGCAGCUCCGUCGGUGCCCAGCCUGGUGACGACUUCGUGGAUGGCGACAUCUAUGCUUAUUCGCAGUACGAGUACCAGUGGAAUCACCGAUGGAGAAACUUCGGCAUCAUGAUUGCUUUCAUGCUUUUCUUCUUGGCCACUCACAUGAUUGGUGCGGAGCUUGUUUCUGAGAAGAAGUCCAAGGGUGAAGUCCUGGUCUACCGUCGCGGUUACAAGCCUGCAGCGGCUGCUCUUGGCGAGAAGAAACACUCAGACCCUGAGGCAGCCAUGGCACACAUUGGACCCGUCGCGACGAACCGUAGCCGCGCUGAGAAGGAUGGCAAGGGUGCUGGUCUACUCCAGGAGCAGAAGUCUGUUUUCCAGUGGCAUGACGUGUGCUAUGAUGUCAAGAUUAAGAACGAGACUCGCCGCAUUCUUGACCAUGUUGAUGGUUACGUCAAGCCCGGUACUCUGACCGCCCUUAUGGGUGUUUCUGGUGCUGGUAAGACGACUCUUCUGGACUGUUUGGCUGAUCGAACCAAGGUUGGCGUCAUCACUGGUGAGAUGCUUGUUGACGGUGCACCCCGUGAUCAAUCCUUCCAGCGCAAGACGGGUUAUGUCCAGCAACAGGAUCUUCAUUUGCAAACCUCUACUGUCCGCGAGGCUCUACGAUUCAGUGCUCUUCUUCGCCAGCCUGCUCACGUUCCUAAGGAAGAAAAGCUCGAAUACGUUGAGGAGGUUAUCAAACUGCUGGAUAUGGAAGAAUAUGCUGGUGCUAUCGUCGGUGUCCCAGGUGAAGGUCUGAAUGUCGAACAGCGAAAGCGGUUGACUAUUGGUGUUGAGCUUGCUGCUAAGCCUCCCCUGCUGCUCUUCGUUGAUGAACCUACCUCCGGUCUUGAUUCUCAGACAUCUUGGGCUAUUUUGGAUCUCUUGGAGAAGUUGACCAACGCUGGCCAGGCUAUUCUCUGCACUAUUCAUCAACCUUCUGCUAUGCUCUUCCAACGCUUCGAUCGACUUCUCUUCCUUGCCAAGGGUGGCAAGACUGUUUACUUUGGUGACAUCGGCAAGAACUCCUCAACUCUUACAAACUACUUCGAGCGCAAUGGAGGCCACGCUUGCCCCCCUGAUGCUAACCCCGCUGAAUGGAUGCUGGAAGUCAUUGGUGCUGCCCCUGGAUCACACACUGAUGUUGACUGGUUUAAGACGUGGCGUGAGAGUGCCGAAUAUACCGCGGUUCAGACAGAAUUGGAAGGUAUCAAGGCUGAGCGAGCUAGUCAGAUCCAGGCUGGUCUGGAUGUUGAGGACCCUGGAAGCUAUCGCGAGUUCGCUGCUCCCUUCCACGAGCAGCUCAAGCAGAACCUUUACCGUGUCUUCCAGCAGUACUGGCGCAGCCCUAUUUACAUCUAUUCCAAGACAGCCUUGUGCUCCCUUGUUGCCCUCUUCAUUGGUUUCAUCUUCUUCAGAGCCCCCAACUCGAUCCAAGGUCUCCAGAACCAGAUGUUCGCCAUUUUCAACAUUUUGACCAUCUUCGGCCAAAUAGUGCAGCAAUCUAUGCCGCAAUUUGUUAUCCAGCGAGAUCUUUACGAAGCUCGAGAGCGUCCUUCCAAGGUGUACUCCUGGAAGGUCUUCAUGUUAUCACAAAUCAUUGUCGAGCUUCCCUGGAACUCUCUUAUGGCUGCUAUCAUGUAUUUCUGCUGGUACUACCCUGUCGGUCUCUACAACAACGCUAUCCCUACUGAUGCCGUCGCUGAGCGAGGUGCUCUCAUGUUCCUGUUCCUGCUUACCUUCCUUCUAUUCACUGGUACUUUCUCCACAUUGGUCAUUGCUGGAUUUGAUACCGCCGAGAAUGGUGCAAACAUCGCCAACUUGUUGUUCAUGCUUACCCUCCUCUUCUGUGGUGUUCUUGCUGGUCCCGACAGCAUGCCUCGAUUCUGGAUCUUCAUGUACAGAGUGUCUCCGUUCACGUAUCUAGUCAGUGGUAUGCUUUCGACAGCUGUGGCUGGAGCUCCUGUCGAGUGUGCCUCGAACGAGUUCCUCUCCAUCACCCCUCCGGAUGGCCAAACUUGCCAACAAUAUCUCAACGACUAUAUCAAUGGUUUGGCGGGCUCCUCUUUGGCCAUUGAUGCUCCCCACGGCGGUUACCUUGAGAACCCUCUUGCUACUUCGGACUGCCAAUUUUGCCCAAUGGCAUCGACCGAUGCGUUCUUGGCCGGGGUCAACAUCGACUACAAGGAUCGCUACAGGAACUUCGGUAUCAUGUGGGCAUACAUAAUCUUCAACAUCUUUGCUGCCCUUGCGGUUUACUGGUUGGCCCGUAUGCCCAAGAAGAGCGGUGUGACGAAGAAGAAGCAGGCCUAA